AAUUCAUCAAGAACGAGAGCCAAUCACCAAGAUCCGUCAUCAAGAGCUGACCAAGAGUCUGAGCUAAUCACCGAGAAAUCAUCUAGAGUCUGAGUCUUCCGUCAAAAAAUUUCAAGCAAAUGGAUGAAAGAAGUAUUGAAGUGAAACACUUAACUUCUCGUGUUGAACAACUUCAACAUGAAUUGGAUGAAAGAGGUGUUGAAGUAGAAUACUUAACUUCGCGUGUGGAACAACUUCAACAUGAGCGUGCCGAACUCCAAAAAGAUAUUGAGCAAUUAUGCCUCCAACAAGCUGGCCCUGGUUAUCUUGCUGCAGCUACUCGAAUGCAUUUCCAAAGGACAGCUGGUUUGGAGCAGGAGAUUGAGGGCUUAAGAAAGAAACUAGCUGUAUGCACAAGAGAGAAGCACAAUCUUCAAGAGGAGCUUUCUGAAGCUUAUCGAAUUAAAAGCCAGCUGGCUGAUUUACACAGUGCAGAAGUUUUGAAGAAUAAGGAAGCAGAGAAACAGUUGAAGUUCUUCCAAAGUUGUGUUGCUGCUGCAUUCUCAGAAAGGGACCAUGCUUUAAUGGAGUCUGAGAGGGUGAAGGAGAGACAGCACAGUGCAUCUGAAAGAUUAACCAUUGCUGAGAACAGAGUGGAGGAACUCCAAUCAACAUGCAAUGACGAAAAGCAACGUAAUGCCAACUUGAGGAUGGAAAUAAGGCAAUUGAAAGAUCAAAAUGAGACAUUUGAGAAGGUGGUUAACAAGUUCUAUGAGAUCCUUGAAAAAGAGACCGGAUCUUCAGGAGAUCACACAUGGCAAGGAAAAUGUUCGCGUCUUCUAGAUGAUCCUGCAGACAGCUGGAUUUACAAUAGUGAUAGUAAAGCCUCCACUUCGAAGUACAUUGCCUCUUUAGAAGAAGAACUUGAGAAACGGAAAAACUCUAUUGAUAACCUUCAAUCCAACUUAAGAAUGGGACUUCAGAUCGAGAGACAUAUGAAAAAAAAUGUUCAAUUUCUAGAGAGAAAGCAAAAUAUUUUGGUCAGCACUGUUAAGAAUGGGUUGUCAGCAUUGCAUGAUUUUUAUAAUCAGCAAAGAUCUGAAGUCAUGAAAAUACUGGAAGAAGAAACAUCAAAGAUGAAGCUAGUUCUUGUUGAGAUCCAGGAGAAGCUAAAUCAAAUUCAGAUUAAGAGCAAGUUGCAAUGUGAGACUACUGAAAGGGGACGGCAUUGUGUUGAUGAUGAAUGCAAGGACGUGCAUAUUACCGGUGAUCUUUGUUCUGGUGCUUCUGCUGAGAAGAGUUGUAUUGCAACAGGAUGUAUUCCGCUAGAUGGCCCACAUAAUGCGUCAGAUACUCUUGCCCAAGCAUUGCAAGAAAAGGUUGCUGCGCUAUUGCUUUUGUCGCAACAGGAGGAAAGACAUCUGUUAGAGAGGGAUGUAUAUCAAGCUCUUGAGAAUAAGAUGGAAGAACUGCAGAGAAACUUAUGUCAAGUGACAAAUGAAAAGGUGCAGGCACUUAUGGAAUUGGCACAAUUAAAGCAAGAUUAUCAACUAUUACACGAGAGAAGCAGGGGCCAGGUUUCUAAACAUAAAAAGUUUAUGGGUGAUGCUUCUGAAAAGGGCAUCAUUGUUCAUGAACAAGAAGGGAAGUUAAAGAAUAUUUUGAAGCGAUCAUACAUGAAAUGGUGGAUUGGCAAAGGUCUCAACGAACAAGAAAUUGAUGUUCAUGGAAGCACCGACGAAAGUAGUACUACUAGUAAAAGAAACAUCUACCCUGCAGAUUUAGCAAGGUUGAAAGUUGAAAAUGCAGCUCUUCAAGAAAGCAUGGCAAAUCUGGAAGAACUUACUUCUUCAAUUCACAGGCUUCAUGCAACACUUUUAAAGGCACGGGAAGAUGCUAUAGCAGCUGGUCCCAUGAAGAGUGUAACGGAAGCAUUGAAGAGCAUUAUUGCGCAGGCAAACAAGGUGAAGACUGUUCUUGGUAGCUCACUUCCAGUUAGUUGGUCCACCGAUGCAGCAGUUGAUGCCGCAACUUAUGAAAACCUUUACGAACCAACUGAAGACAAGGUUGAUCCUGUUUCUUCAGCUGGACUGGAGAUGGUGGCGCUCCUCAUAUUAGCUUCCCAGCUACUCCAGGAAAAUUUAGCGAAGAGCACUACAAAUUGAGAAUAUCUAGGCUGGUGUUUAUAUUGCAAAAUAGGAGCCAUCAAUUACGAAAUGUUAUAUUCAUUAUGUGUUUUUUCUCCUUCCUCUUCAACUAAUUUUUUCUUCUCAUGUUAUAUUCUAUGUAUGUAGAGGGUUUUAUAUAUGACUUAGGUUGCUGAAUCCAAAAGUUUGGGUUGAAGGCUUCUUGUGUUCUUGUGUUGUUAUAUAUGUAUGUAUAUGAAUGGUACCGAUAAUAUGGUGUUGGCCCCAUAUAGUUAAAGAGUAUGAGUAAAUUGCA